AUGGCAAGCAUGGAUGCGGGCGAGAGAUUAUCUCUCAUCAAGGAGAAUCUCCAGGAGGUGCUCAAUCAAGACUUGAUUGAAGGCAUUCUUGCUGAGGGGCGCAACCCAAGAAUCUACUGGGGAACGAGUCCUACGGGAAAGCCUCACUGCGGAUAUUUCGUGCCCGCCGUGAAAAUCGCACAGCUUCUGGCCGCCGGUUGCGAUGUGACGAUCCUUAUCGCUGAUAUUCAUGGCUUCCUCGAUAACCUGAAGGCGCCGAUCGAGCUCGUCGAACACCGCGCGAAGUACUAUGAAUACACCAUCACCGCGAUGCUCCAGGCCGUGGGUGUGUCGACUGAGAAACUCCGCUUCGUCCUUGGCAGCUCUUACCAGAAGAGCCCUGACUAUGUGAUGGAUGUGUACAGACUAUGCUCCCUGGUUUCGGAGCACGAUGCCAAAAAGGCUGGUGCUGAGGUUGUCAAGCAAACCGACAACAGCCCGCUUAGUGGCCUCCUCUACCCCAUCCUUCAGGUGUUGGAUGAGCAGUACCUCGAUUGCGAUAUCCAAUUCGGAGGUAUUGAUCAAAGAAAGCUAUUUGCGGCAUCGACGGAGUGGCAGCCCAAGCUGGGCUACAGGAAGCGUGCCCAUCUGAUGAACCCUAUGGUACCUGGACUCACAGGUGGCAAGAUGAGCUCCAGUGAAGAAGACAGCAAGAUCGAUCUCCUCGAAGCUGCCGACACUGUCCGAAAGAAGAUCCGCAAAGCCCAGGCUGCUCCCCAAGAUGUUAACAACAACGGUGUUCUUUCCUUCGCCCAAUACGUCCUCCUGCCGGCCUCAGCCCUCAAGACCGGACGCCCUGAGUUCCGCGUCAACCGCGAGAGAGACGGCCUGGAGCCCCUGGUUUACACCAACAUCGAACAGAUGCAGGAAGAUUAUAAGACCGAUGUGUUGACACCGCAAUUGUUGAAGCCCGCUGUCGCGGACGCUCUCGCCGAGCUCAUGGCACCUAUUCGUGCCGCAUAUGAAGCCUCAGCCGAAUGGCAGGAGAUCACAUUGAAGGCCUACCCCCCGCCCGCCCCGAAGAAGAAGGAGAAGAAGCAAAAGGACAAGGGAUCGCGCUACCCCGGCGCAAAACCUCAGCAGAAUGAUGAAUCUGCCCCUGCUGCCGUAGAGGCUUAG